AUGGCGCUCCUACAGUGGAAGAAGCCGGUGGACUACGAUGAUCAGCAGGCCGCCCUCGAAGGGUUCCUGACAGGCUUCAAGACCUCGCCUGAGCAAGCUCUCGCUCAUGCCCUUGGAGACAUCAACAUUGACGACGAUGACCUGAGCGACGAGUAUGACUUCAUGGACGAGGAUGAGGGCGCACAACAACGACGCCUACAAGAGAAGGCACGAAAGCGAUUACCCCAGCACAAGUACAGAGAUAUGAUGCAGAGGCUUGCAGAUCGAAAGAUCGACGAAGCCCUGAUAGAUCUAGAUGAUCUCGCAACUUAUGCGCAGCAGACGAACGACGAGCUGAAGCUUGUCGACUCGAUCGAGCACAACACCAAGCACUAUGUCGAGAUCAUGGCAAGAGCAAUUGAUAAGCUCAUGCCCGAGCCUAGUGCUGAUGUCAACUUUAAAGACGACGUACUCGACGUUCUCAUGGCGCGAAGAAAGCAAAGAAAUCGCGAGAUGGACCAAGCCUUCGAGUCUGGCAACAUGUCCGCCCUUGAAGACAAAUUCCCUCCCGAGCUCACAAGACGAUACACUCUCGUCUUCAAGCCCAGAGCCUCCGGCCAAGACAGCCCUACCAAGGCACUGGCCGUCCGACAGGUCCGCGGCGACCACCUAGGUCACCUCAUCACAGUCCGCGGUAUUGCUACAAGAGUAUCUGAUGUCAAGCCUGUCGUGCAAGUCAGCGCUUAUACUUGCGAUCGUUGUGGUUCCGAGAUCUUUCAGUCUGUCAAUGACAAGCAGUUCGGCCCCCUGAGCGUCUGCCCGUCAGCAGAAUGCAAAGCAAACCAGGCCAAGGGACAGCUGCACCCAUCCUCAAGAGCUUCAAAGUUCUUGCCAUUCCAAGAGGUCAAGAUCCAGGAGCUUCCUGAGCAGGUGCCAAUUGGUCAGAUUCCCCGAAGCCUGACCAUUAUGUGCUACGGCAGUCUGGUGAGAAAGAUCAACCCCGGUGAUGUUGUUGACAUCGCUGGUAUCUUCCUACCCACUCCAUACACCGGCUUCAAGGCCAUGCGUGCUGGUCUUCUGACCGACACAUAUCUCGAGGCUCAUCAUAUCCUUCAGCACAAGAAAGCGUACGCAGAAAUGAUUGUCGACCCACAACUAGCCCGCAGAAUCGACCAGUACAGGACUUCUGGUCACGUUUAUGAGUAUCUUGCGAAGUCGAUCGCUCCUGAGAUCUACGGUCACUUAGAUGUCAAGAAAGCUCUUCUCCUCUUGCUCGUUGGUGGUGUAAACAAGGAGAUGGGCGACGGCAUGAAGAUUCGUGGUGACAUCAACAUCUGUCUGAUGGGAGACCCCGGUGUUGCCAAGUCUCAGUUGUUGAAGUACAUCUCCAAGGUCGCCCCGCGUGGUGUCUACACCUCUGGUCGUGGAAGCAGUGGUGUUGGUCUGACUGCAGCCGUGAUGCGUGACCCGGUCACAGAUGAGAUGGUUCUUGAGGGCGGUGCUCUUGUAUUGGCUGAUAAUGGUAUCUGCUGUAUCGAUGAAUUCGACAAGAUGGACGACAAUGACAGGACAGCCAUCCACGAAGUUAUGGAACAGCAGACAAUCAGCAUUUCCAAAGCUGGCAUCUCCACAACCCUCAACGCUCGUACCUCCAUCCUGGCUGCGGCUAACCCUAUCUAUGGCCGCUACAACCCACGCAUCUCGCCUGUUGAGAACAUUAACCUACCCGCUGCUCUUCUCUCUCGUUUCGAUAUCCUCUUCCUCCUCCUAGACACCCCGACCCGUGAGACAGACGCUCAGCUCGCCAAGCACGUCGCCUACGUGCACAUGAACAACCGUCACCCAGACCUCGGCACCGUCGACGGUGUUGUCUUCACACCCCACGAGGUGCGUGCGUACAUCGCACAAGCCCGAACCUUCCGCCCCGUCGUCCCCGAGGCCGUGUCUGAGUAUCUCAUCAAGACGUACGUGCGUCUUCGAGACCAGCAGCGCCGCGCCGAGAAGAAGGGCAAGCAGUUCGCGCACACCACACCACGUACACUACUUGGUGUCGUCCGUCUCGCACAGGCUCUAGCGCGUCUGCGUUUUGCCAACGCUGUUUCUCAGGAUGACGUUGACGAGGCGCUUCGCCUGGUCGAGUCCAGCAAGGAGAGCCUGAACGCUGAGGUUGGCACCGGCGGACGCCGUGCACCCAAUGCCAGCAGCAGGAUCUACAACCUCGUCAAGGCUCUGGCCGACUCGGGUGCCUGCCGCGCCGAUGAUGCCGAUGACGAGGAUGACGAGGAGCUUGGCAUCGAGCUCAACUUGCGGCGUGUCCGGGAGCGUGUCCUGGCCAAGGGUUUCACUGAGGAUCAGUGGCUGAAUGCAUUGGAGGAAUACACCGAGCUUGACAUUUGGCAAACUACUGGCAAUGGCAGCCGCCUGGUAUUCAUCACGGCGAACAAUGAGGAGAGGGAAGACAGCAUGGAGCUGUGA